AUGAAUUUAGGGAAAAUGGAACGAUUUCUCCGACUCGGCGGUCUAGGUGGUGGAAUCGGACAGUUUGGUGGAGGUCCUCCAUCGGAUUCGAACCAGGUGGAUACAUCAGAAACGGUAUACAUAUCGUCGCUUGCUCUACUCAAGAUGCUCAAGCACGGAAGAGCCGGUGUUCCAAUGGAGGUGAUGGGUCUGAUGUUGGGUGAGUUUGUCGACGAAUACACCGUGAACGUCAUUGAUGUCUUUGCAAUGCCUCAGUCUGGAACCGGAGUAUCCGUCGAGGCCGUAGACCCAGUAUUCCAAGCUAAGAUGUUGGAUAUGCUUAAACAAACUGGUCGACCUGAAAUGGUCGUUGGAUGGUAUCACUCGCAUCCGGGUUUUGGUUGUUGGCUUUCCGGUGUUGAUGUUAAUACUCAACAGUCUUUUGAAGCUUUAUCGAACAGAGCUGUUGCCGUAGUCGUCGAUCCUAUUCAGUCCGUCAAGGGAAAGGUGGUCAUUGAUGCUUUCCGUACUAUCAAUCCACAGACAAUGGCACUCAACCAAGAACCGCGGCAAACAACCAGUAACCUUGGUCAUUUGCAGAAGCCCAGUAUUCAGGCUUUAAUUCACGGACUUAAUCGACAUUAUUACUCGAUCCCCAUUGCGUAUCGGACUCAUGAUCUAGAGCAGAAGAUGUUAUUGAACCUCAACAAACAGUCCUGGAUGGACUCACUAGCUGUGCAAAAUUAUACCAGUUGUAGUGACAAGAACAAGGACAGCAUGAUGGCGAUGUUAAAGCUUGCCAAACUUUACAAGAAGGCUCUUGAAGAUGAAGAGAAAAUGACUGAUGAAGAACUUGCCAUCAAAAAUGUUGGGAAGCAGGAUCCUAAAAGACAUCUUGGAGAGGAGGUUACGAAGAUGCUGAGUGAUAAUAUUGUGCAAAAUCUCGCUGGAAUGAUGGACACCACCUCAUUCCAAUAA